AUAUCAGCAGGUGUGUCAGCUGGGUGUGUGUCAGCCAUUGCGAAUUUUUCUUUGAGCGAAAGCAAAAAAAAGUGACGCGCAAACAAUUUGUAAAGAAAAUUCUGUGAAAAGUGCAUUUUCCUCCACUCAGAGUUCUCCUCUACGUAGUCUGACAUCCGCUCUCUGUGCUGCAAUUCGCGAAGUAUCUCUGGGUUUGGUAUUGAGGUCUGCAGAAAGGGAUUGUUGUUCUGUGAAAAUUCGGCCAUAUUGGGGAUUCGUAUUGAUUGGGGCGCUACUUGGUGCGUGCAAAGGCAAAAGAAGACUUCUUUCCACUUUGUGUGAAAAUUGACGUGAGAUAUGACUGAUCGGAAGGAUUCGCAGAUGUCCCCUCGGGAUCGUGAGCGUGAUAGGGAUCGUAGCCGGCGUCAGAGCCGCUUCUCGGAUGCAAAUUCCGGAGGCGACGCCAAUGGCCGGGACCGGAGUCGCGAACGCCGGAGUGCAUCCAAUCGCAUUUAUGUGUCCAACAUUCCGUACGAGUAUCGCUGGCAGGAUCUCAAGGACCUCUGCCGGGACAUUGUGGGGGAUGUGAAUUUCGUUGAGCUCUUCAAUGAUGAGAAUAAUAAGCCGCGUGGGUGCGGCAUUGUGGAAUUCAAGACAAACGACUGCGUGGCCAAGGCUCUAGAGAAGCUCAAUCGGUAUGAGAUUAGCGGUAGGCACUUGGUAGUCAAGGAGGACUACGGGGAUGAGCGUGAUGAGUAUGGGCGGGUUGUUCGUCCGGGUGGUGGUGGUGGCGGCGGUGGAGGAGGUGGCGGAAGCGCAAGAGGCGGCGGAGGUGGCGGUGGCGGCGGAAACGACUAUCGCCGAGAUCGUGACGAUGACAGGCCUCGUCACAGUAGCAGUCACGGCAACGAUUACGACGGGCCCUACAACACUUAUGGUUUGAGCACGUCUUUCUUGGAAGGUUUGGGAAUAUUUGGACCACUCCACACUAAAGUCUUUGUUGCCAAUUUGGACUACAAGGUUGACGCGAAGAAAUUGAAGCAGGUGUUCAAGCUCGCUGGUCGCGUUGUGAGUGUUGAUUUAUCAACAGAUAAAGAUGGUAACAGUCGUGGUUUUGCCGUUGUUGAAUACGAUCAUCCGGUUGAGGCGGUUCAGGCUAUUUCCAUGUUGGAUCGCCAAAUGUUGUAUGAUCGUAGGAUGACUGUUCGCUUGGAUCGUGUACCGGAUAAGAAUGAGGGUAUCAAAUUGCCCGAAGGUCUCAAGGGUCUUGGGAUUGGUUUGGGUCCCAAUGGGGAACCACUGCGGGAUGUUGCGAGGAAUUUGCCAAGUUCGCAGCAGCAACAGAAUCAGUCGCAACAGAAUAAUGCUCCGGUGCCCGUUGCACCGCCAAAUAAUCUCAAUGGGCCGUCGAGUCUACUGGGUCCUGUGCCCAAUAAUAGUCUCAGCGGUUUGAGUUCAAAUUUGGCAGCUCUGAGUAAUGUUGUCAACUUGAGUAAUCUAUCGGGGGCCCUGUCGAAUCCACUCCUCACAUCGGCUGCGGCCAACUUGCAAAGUGUCGCUGGUCUAGGCUUGCUGUCUGAGAACCUCGGUCAGAGUCAGUCCACCUUCAACACCAACACCUUUGCCAAUUCCAAUGCAUUCGGCAAUUCGGGCAAUGCUGGCGGUGGCUCAAAUCCCGGUGGUCGAGAUUUCGAUUUGGGCGGCUCAGGUCCCGUUCGCAAUUACAGCACACAGCCACAGGAUGAUUUCUCAAGUCGCGGUACCACCAAUAGUUUCAGCGCACAGAAUUCCAGCAGUUUGAGUAAUUUGCGGAAAUCCGAUACGAUUGUCAUCAAGAAUCUUCCACCAUCGUGCACAUGGCAAACCCUUCGUGACAAAUUCCGUGACAUUGGAGAGGUGAAAUUUGCGGAAAUUCGCGGACAGGACACAGGAGUUGUGCGCUUCUCCAAGGAACGUGACGCUGAAUUGGCCAUCAAAUUGAUGGAUGGAGCUCGCUUCGACAAUCAAUUGGUCUACGUGUCGUUCUUUUAGAUUAAUGGCGUGUCUCUUCACGCAAAAAAAGCUUAGGAUUAGUGAGAUUUUAUAGAUUAUUGUCCAUUUUACUCUUCUUCAUUUCGCGGGGAUCCUUUUUAUUGUCUCCACUCUCGUUUAACAAAUUUUGAUUGCAGCUUCCAAAAGAAAAAAUGGUAACAAAGUUCGCGUCUUCUUUGCUCCUCUCCGUCAUUUUUUUUUACCUCCACACACCCACAAGUUUUAUUAUGGAUGAUUUAGCUUUCAUUUGAUGAGAAUUUCCUUAAGGAUGGCAUAAUUCAGGCAGGAGAGAUUUUUUUCUAAAAAAACAAAACUAAUGUGCGAAUUUGCUACAAGUCUACACAGAAUAAAAAACAAAAUGUAUUGAAUGAAUUCAAUAAAUUAAUAAAAUAUAACAUAGUGCA